AUGGAAAGUCAAUUCAAAGAACUUACUCAAAACUUAACCCAAUUAGAAUCGAAACUCACUAAUACCCUCAAUGAUUAUCGCAAUGAAGUUAAUAAAAAGGAAGUCCAAGACAAUAUUAAACUUUCGAACACCAACUUAGAAAAUUUACGCCAAGAAAAAGAGGAAAUUGAAAAUGAAUUCAUUAUUUAUAAAUCUCAAAUUAACCAACAAACCGCGGAAACUCAGCAAGCUUUUGAAGAUACCCAAGCCGAAUAUGAACGCCGAACCAAAAUAAUUGAAACUCAAAUCGAAGAUAAUCAAGAAAUUAUUGAGGAAUUUAACGAACAACUAACUAAUGUCCGAAGGGAGCAAGAUUUCCAAAAAAAACAGCAAGAAGAGAUAAUUGAACAAUUACAAGAGACCAAUGAUAUUUUAUUUACUCAACAACGCAAAUUAGCCUUAGUCUCUUCGCAAAUGGAAGAUAUUCAGGAAGAAGUUCAUUUGCGAAUGGAUAAACUUUCUAAGGAAGUCAAUCGCAAAACCGAAGAAACUUUAACCAUUGCUAAGGAUGCCACCAAUAAAGUUGACCGGUUAACCAAAGAUGUUCAGCAAAUGCGGGAUGACUUGGAAAACAUCGAAGAGCAAGUUCAAAAGAAUAAAGAAGAAACCGAAAAAAUUAAACAGCAAGCCCGGCAAACUAAUGAAAGAUUAGAUAACUUUUUCAAAACCCAAGCCCUCAGCGAUUUCUCUCCGGAACAGGCUAAUUUCGAUAAAAUUCAAAAAUCCUUAGAACUUAAAGCCGAAGAAGCUAAGUUAAUCGCCACUCUUAAUCUUUUAAAAGAGACCAAAAACUUAGUCCAUUUAUCGAACAAUCGAGAAUGGUUAGUCGGUAUUCAAAAAGGCACUGAAACCGAACUAAAAGAACAUGAAAACUCUCAAUUAUUAAGUAAUGAAGAUGAGAAAAAAGAAAGCCGACAAGAACAACUUAAAGCCGAAGAAAAAGAGGGAGAAGAAGUCCCUGCUUCUGAACAAGCCCAGCAAGUUUUAGAAGAAGUUAAUAAAGUUCAAACCGAAAUCUUAAAAAAAUUACAAGCCAUUCAGGAAGAAAUUAAAACUAAUCUUCAAGAGGCAGAAUCGGCUCCACCGCCUUCGGCUCCGGCACCCAAACCCUCCGCUACUACUGCCCUCCAAGUAAUCCAAGCCGAAAGCAAAAUUAAGAUUAAGAAAAAAGCCUUAGAACGGCAAAAACAGGAAGAACAAAAAACCAAAAAUAAAUUAAAGCAUGCCGAGCAUAAGGUUCAGCAAAAUCCUACUCCCGCUAAUAAAAAAGCCGAACAAUUAGCUCGGCAAUCAGUUCAAACCGAAGAAAAAGAAACUAAAAAAGUUGAAAAAGAACUGACCCAAGCCCAAGAGGAAUUAUCCAGUUUAAAAAAUAAGCAAGAAUUUGAAGAAUUAUUAGAAAAUAAAGAAAAGGAAAUAGAAGAAAGAGAAGCUGUCGAAACCAAGGAAGAAGAUUUAGAAAAAAAAUUGGAAGAACUAGUUCAACAAUUAAAGGAAAUGGAGCAGUCAGCUGCCGCCAGUCAAAAAACCAUGACCAUGUUUAUGCUGUUCCUGAUUGUCUUCCUCUUAGAAUAUGUAGUUUAUAAAAGAAAUGGUUUGCCGGGAUUGGUAGUUUUAAAUGUUAUUCUCGAUAAGAAAAAGCGAGCCGAAAGAGAGGUUUUUUUAUUGAAACAACAAAAGGAAUUAUUAAAAGAAGUUGAUUUUAGCGAAGCCGACCAAGCAAAAAUAACAGAAAGCAUGAACCGAAUAACUAAGGAACAGACUACCGAAAUAUUUGGUUAUACUAACCCUUUUAAUAGCAAUAUUUCUACUUCGCAAAAAGCCGAGUGUUUUGGUCAUUUAGUUCAACAGCAAAUAUUAGAAAAAGAGCAAAUUGCUAAAAAAGAAGCCGAAAUGACCCACCAAGCCGAAACUCUCCAAAAAGCAGCCGAGAUGGAACAACAAUUAAAAGAACGAGAUUUUCAGAAUAAAACUCCAAAAUUUUUAAAAAGUUGGGGGAGACAAAGACUUUAUGAAGCCUAUCCCGAACUUGAAAAUCAUCCGGUUAAUUUAGUCCUAUUAGAAGAAUUUAAAAAAGUGGAUGAAUUAGUUAAAAAGCCUAUUGAAAGCCAAAAUCUCAACCAUAGAUUAGAUAAAUUACCAAUUCCGAGCGAAACAGAACAAACCCUUUUGUCUCACUUAAAUCUAAGUUUAGACCAAUAUAUCGCUAUUUCUUUAAAAACUCCUUAUUUAAGCCCUGCUGAACAAGAAUUAAUAACUGAUAACUAUCUAACCUUUGAUAUUCAGCAGAAAUUACAGUUAUUAAGUAGCGGAUUAAAUAAUUUAGGUAUUGACACCUUGGGGAAAAAAGAAAAAUUAGUGGAAUUGAUGAUUAAUUUGAGAGAUGAAAAACAACUCUUUGGCUUAUCUAUUAAAGAAAAGGAAAAUAUUCUCCGUUUUCUCAGCACUACCCUCAAUCUCAAAAUUACUACCGAACAAAAAGAACAUUUAUUAGAUUUCGGUUUAAAUAAAUUGGAAUUAACCGAAGAACAGCAAGCAACAUUAACAGAGAUGCAUCCGGAAAGACUUGGUUUAACCGAAGAACAAGACCGAGCCAUUGCCAAGAAUAACAAUUACCAGAACUUUAAAAUUUUUUCUUUAACCGGUCAGCAAAAGAAUACUCUUAAUUCCCUAGCCCCUCUAAUUAGAGAAGAUAAAUAUUCCGAAGCCAGUUUGCAAUUGGUUAAAUCACUCCAUUUGAAACCUACUAGUCAAACUUUCUUAAUCCAAACCCAAAUAAUUCCUGACCUUCACACUGCUUUUGGGGAAAAUAAAAGUAGUUAUUUACCUUUAAAACAAAAUGGUAAUAAAGAGUUAGCCGAAGAGUUCGAAAAAUAUUUAACUAGUUUAAAAGAAGCCGCCCGUCAGCAAAAGAAAUUAGAAAGGGAAGCAGCCAAGAAAAAGUUGGAAGAAACUGAACGAAAAAGAAGAGAAAAAGCCUUAACUGAUAAGGAUAGAAAAUUAAAAGAAGAUGAAGAGCGGAAGAAAAAGGAGCGGGAGUUAGCCGAAUUAGAAGAAAAAAAACGACGAGAAGCCGAAACUGCCCGAGCCAAAGCCUUACAAGCCGAACAAGAAACCUUAUUUAAGAAAAAAAUGGCUAAUAUUGAAGAGACUAAAAAAAGAACCGAGGAAGCUUUGGCUAAUCAGAUAAAGCAGAAUGAAAUAGAAGAAAAGAAAAAGCGGGAUGAAAUUGAGAAAAUGGAAAAAGAGAACCAAGCCGAGCAAACUAGAUUAACUAAUCAAGCUAAAUUAAUCGAAGAAGAAAAAAUAAGAAAACUAGCCUCUAUCGCUUUGGAAGAAACAGAAGAAAGACAGAGAAUUGAAAAACUGGCUAACGAUGAAAAAGCUCGAAUUGAACAAGAAGCCGCAGAUGCUAGAUUAAAAAAUAAAAAAGAAUUAGAAGAAAAAGAAAGAAAAUUGCUUGAAGAAAGGAAAAAAAGAGAAAACGAAAUUAAAAAUAUGAAAGAGGCGGCAAGAAUAUCCGAAGAACAUGCUAAUAAUAUGCAAUCCAUAUUCGAGCAAGAAACUAAAACUCGAGAAGAAUUGGAAAAAAAACGCCGAAAAGAACUAGAAAUCAGUAUGAAAUCUAGUGAUGCUGAACGAAAAAGCAGAAACAAACGGGAAGCAAAUGCCGAAAGAGCACUUACCAGCAUUUAUUAUUAUCCGAUGCUGAAAGAAGAAUGA